AAAGUAAAGUAUCAAACAAGAAAAGAAAAGUGAGAAAAAAGAAAGCGAGCGAAAUAAUGUCACCUACUCCAGAAUGGGUCAUGGUUGGAGGAGAAGGUCCUGAGAGUUACAAGCAGCAUUCUUCGUAUCAGAGAGAUUUGCUGAAAGCAGCAAAGGAUAAAAUAAACGCGGUGAUUUCAACGAACCUCAGCCUCAAUUUGAUUUCGAAUCGGUUCAGUGUUGCGGAUUUCGGUUGUGCAAGUGGACCUAACACUUUUGUCGCAGUCCAAAACAUAAUAGAUGCCGUGGAAGAGAAGUAUCUUAGAGAAACCGGACAAAACCCGGACGAUAACAUCGAGUUCCAGGUCCUCUUCAACGACUUAAGCAAUAACGAUUUCAACACUCUCUUCCAGGGACUUCCUUCUGGCAGGAGAUACUAUAGUGCUGCCAUUCCUGGUUCCUUCUUUGACCGUGUUCUUCCUAAGCAUAGUAUCCACAUAGGAGUCAUGAAUUAUGCUUUUCAAUUCACCUCCAAAAUCCCCAAAGGGAUCUCAGACCGCAACUCUCCCCUCUGGAACAGAGACAUGCAUUGCACCGGAUUUAACAACAAGGUCAAGAAAGCGUAUCUUGAUCAGUUCUCGCUCGACUCCAAGAAUAUAUUGGAUGCUCGAGCUGAAGAGCUUGUGCCCGAGGGAUUAAUGUUGCUUUUAGGAUCGUGUCUAAGAGACGGUAUCAAGAUGUCGGAAACAUAUAGAGGAAUAGUGUUGGACUUAAUCGGAGCCUCUUUAAAUGAUCUUGCUCAGCAGGGUGUCAUUGAGAAAGACAAGGUGGAGUCUUUCAACAUCACACUCUACAUUGCAGAAGAAGGCGAGUUGAGGCAAAUCAUAGAAGAGAACGGGAAGUUCACAAUUGAGGCAUUCGAGGAUAUCAUUCAGCCAAACGGGGAGUCGCUUGACCCCAAAAUCUUGGCUGUCUCCUUGAAGUCUGCCUUUGGAGGUAUCCUCUCCGCACAUUUUGGAGCCGAAGCGAUGAUGAAAGCCUUUGAGCUCGUCGAGGCCAAGGCACACCAAGAAUUUUCUCGUCUCCAGAAUGCCAAACCCACAAUGCAAUACCUCAUCGUACUUCGCAAGAACUGA